CCCGCCCUCCCGCUUCCCAUUUUCAGUCGCCGAGCCGCGUACAGCGCACGCACUGCACGCGCAUCGGCACUUCCAGCGACGCGUCGUGAGCUCCUCCCUUCGACCCUUCCUGUGGCGCGUCGUAAGCUCUGUGCAGGCGACGGCGGCGCGCUACCAGUGACGGGGGGAUACGGCGGCAUCGUCCCCCUCGGCCCCUCCUCCAUCCCGGUGCGGCGGCGCCAGCCUACAGGGCAGGAGUACCACCAAGCGAGCGCGAUGGUGAGCUCCGCACUGAGGCGCUGUCUCCCCUGCCAUGCCUCUCUCUGUCAUGCCUUCCCUCCCCAUCCGCUGCUGGCCGCUGCCGGCGUCUUCCGUCGUUCAUUCCAGUCCGGGGAUGGUGAGACUAUGGACGAAUUCGAAGAACGGUUGUUUGGGGGCAAGGACACAGACAAAGGAUCACUCUACGAGAAGCUCGAUAGGGCUGAGAACACUGGUAGGAGAUACAAUAUGGGCUCUGGGAUGGGUGGUUUGACUGGGUUAAGUGACAAGAGCAGAUCUGGGUUGUCCAAGGGUGGUUUCACUUGGUUAAGUGACAGUAGCAGCUCUGGUUUCCCUGGGUUUCCUGCAUCUGGCGACAGGAGCAAUUCAGGAUGGAUGGAUGGUUAUGAUUCUUUUAAUGAUGGCUUAAAUGAUACGAUUGCUAAUGCGGCACGCAACAUCCAAAUGGAGGAGGACGAGGACGUCGACGGUGACUGGGAAGAUGACUUUGAGUUCAGGCCUGAUGUGCGGUUUAGGCAAGGUUCAACGUAUUCUGUUCGGGACCUUGACCUUAGAAAACCUGCAGCCGCAAAGAACCCUCCUAGACGACAGUUUGAAACAACUACAGCGGAGGUACUGAAGAAGGCUGAUUUUAGGAAUGUUAGAUUCCUCUCCAACUUUCUUACGGAAGCUGGAAUUAUCAUCAAGAGAAGCCAGACCCGUAUAAGUGCAAAAGCUCAGCGUAAGAUUGCAAGAGAGAUCAAAACCGCACGUGCGUUUGGGUUAAUGCCUUUUACAACAAUGGGUAGAAGACCAUUCAUUUUUGGCAGAAGUGCGGAGGAGCAUUAUUGGGAUGAUGGAUAUUUCGGCUAUGUGAAGCAGAAGGAUGGUGAGCCUGUUGAGAAUGAGGAUGCUGAGCCAAAUGUGGAGGCUGUGUAAACAUUCUGAAGCAUCCUUUUGCAAGCGCUCCGUUCAGUUUCUUCUGGUGCCUUCAUGACACAAGUCACACAAUGCUUGUUUUGCGUCUUCAGAUCAUAGCGUAGCUCAGCUUGAAUAAAACUGUAACAUCACGCAAGUUUUGUGAAACUCGUGCCUUGCUCAAUUGUGCCACUUUAGCAGACAUCCCCAGCUCACCUCAUCCUGGCUGGAGAUCAUAUGCAGAUAUGAAAUGGAACGUGGGAUCAGAGUUUUAGUUGACGCUCAAAAUUUUGAGAUAGCAGCACUGAUUUCAGUUUCUGUUGGAUAAUGAUUGUUUGGCUGUUCAACGAGAAAAAUAUUGUAUGC